UUGUUCAGGCUGUGCAAGCUAGAGCCCAUACUGUGAAUGGUCACGGUCCAGCUGCAGGAAAAGACCUAAACACGUCCUAUCUACCGCAGGCUUAGCCACAUCCGGGUUGCUUUGGCAUACAGCAGUGACAGCACGUAUUCUCAUCCCUGUCACUGAGUAUCAGCUGCAGCACCAACCUAGCACCGUCCACAGAAUCCAUAGUUCGGCAUUCUCUUCAUCGAUCACAUCUGGCUUCCUCGUGUUUGCCUUAGGAGGAAGCCCACAAGGAAGUGAAAACCGAGGCAGCAAGUGAGAUCCAGAUGAUGGUGUGGUCGCUGCUCAGGGUUGGGGGUAUAGAUGUCCCCAGGCUGCCAAUGAGAGUUGGGUGAUUCCAAGAAACAUUUUACCUACGGAAAAGAUAGGACCUUUCUGGAAGAUGACCAGACAUGACGCACCAGAUAGGACAAUAGAAUACUGCUGAAAACCUUACCAUGGGUUUACGAUUUCUUGCUGCCAUUUUCCACCUCCCUACACCCGUAUUAUAUGGCUCGCUGGCAUUUUUCAUUUCUGUCCUGCACAAUGUUUUCCUCUUGUACUAUGUUGAUACGUUUGUUUCUGUCUACAAAAUUGACAAAAUGUCCUUCUGGAUUGGAGAGACAAUUUUUCUAAUAUGGAAUAGCCUGAAUGACCCUCUGUUUGGAUGGCUAAGUGAUCGUGUGUUCCUUAACGUGAAACAGUCCAAUGUGGACAUCUCCUCUCCUACUGUGGUAUCAAAAAGACUAAAGGCCCUAAGUCAAAAUGGACCAUUGUUUGCCCUAUCUUUCUUGGCUUUUUGGGUUGCCUGGGCUCACCCUGGAUUACAAUUUCUCAUUUGCCUUUGCCUUUAUGACAGUUUCCUUACCAUGGUGGACCUCAAUCACAACGCCUUGCUGGCUGACCUUGCCGUCUCUGCAAAGGAAAGAACCAGCCUCAAUUUCUAUUGUUCACUCUUCAGUGCCAUUGGAUCACUGUCUGUUUUUGCAUCUUACACAGUAUGGAACAAGGAAGACUUUUUUUCCUUUCGGAUAUUUUGUGUAAUCCUGGCAGCCAUAUCCGCUAUUGGUUUUACAGUGUCCACAUGGCUACUUAGACAGCGAUUUGAGCCUGGAACAAGAGCCAAUAUUGACAAUGAGUCUGUAUUGAAAGAACUACAUAUUGAUGACCAAUCUGCAACUCCAGAAAAGAACAUAACUCUCUUAGAAUACCUCAAACAGCUCUCUAAACACAAGAAUUUACUCUGGUUUGUCAGUAUGAACUUGAUACAAGUUUUUCAUUGCCACUUCAAUAGCAAUUUUUUCCCACUCUUCUUGGAACAUUUGCUGGCUGACAGAAUUUCCUUGUCUACUGGUUCCUUCCUUCUUGGUAUUUCUUAUAUAGCUCCUCAUCUAAACAACAUGUACUUCCUGUCCAUGUGUCAGAAAUAUGGUGUUUACAGCGUUGUGCGAUGGUUAUUUAUACUUAAACUGAUCCUAAGUGUUAUCAUGCUUUUGGCGGGACCGGACCAUAUAUAUCUGCUUUGUAUAUUUAUAGCCAGCAACCGCGUUUUCACAGAGGGUACCUGCAAGCUGCUGAAUCUGGUUGUCACAGAUCUGGUGGAUGAAGACUUUGUGUUAAACCGCAGAAAACAGGCAGCCUCUGCUCUCAUGUUUGGAAUGGUGGCCUUAGUAACUAAGCCUGGUCAAACCUUUGCCCCUCUUAUUGGAACGUGGUUACUUUGUGUUUAUACAGGAUAUGACAUCUUUCAACGAGAUGCCAUGAAUAAUAUCAAUGCUGAGGCUCCACUAGAUUCUGGCAAAGUUCUAACAGCAACUCUUCGCCAUGGAUGUUUUUACCUUCUUGUUUUCAUCCCAAUAACUUGCGCUCUUCUUCAGCUCUUUACUUGGUCCCAUUUUACUCUGCGUGGAAAGCGUUUACUCGCCAUCAAGUCUCACAGACAAGCCCUACAACUACCACCUCAAGAUAUCAAAAUGAUAUGAACAGCAAUUUGCAGGACUUCACAUAUAUAUUUGGAUUAAAAGGGAUUCAUGAUUUACCUUGGUAUAUUUUUGUACUAUCUUUUUUUUAAAUGUGAAAAAGACCGGUAGAUUUUUAGCUCUUUAUAAUUACUUCUUUGAUAAAUCAAUGUGAAUAAUAGGUGCGUCUUUUGCCAAAAUGUUUUGGACAUUUUAACCUUAACCUCUCUGAUUCCGAGUACAAAAAUCCAUCCAAGAAAUUACAACUUUAUUGUAGAAAAAUUGUUAAAACAAACGAUGCUGAAAGAUUUGUAAGUCUACCUUCAUGAGAACUUUAAAAAUAUCUAAGGUCUUUCUCUUAGAUGACUGUAAUUAUCAAGGAAGUAUUCUCAAUUUAAUUGCACAAAGAUUCAAUUUUCUACUCCGCUCAAAGUUUACAGAUUAAAAGAAAAUUCCGAUUGACAUAAUAUAUGCAAAUAUUAUAAAAAGUGAUCAUUUAUCAAUGUAAUUGUGAUAGUUAACCAGCUGAUUAAAAGUAACCUUAUUUUACUUUGUUUUUAAAUCUACUCAAAGCUUUGGAAAUGUUGUAAAUCCUUCUAGAUGUAGAAACAAUUGUUUAGUGAAUAAGAGUCUGCAAAACCUUGUAGCUUCCUGUCUAUGAAUGUGCAAUCAGGAUGGUCAGUUGAAUGAACCAUUCAAACAUAUGUAUAUGCAACAUACUGAGAAUGUUGUUACAAUAUUUUUGGAAAGUUUGAGAAAUUAGAGUCUAGCUAUGGGUGGGUAACUUGGGAGGUAAAUGCUGCAUCUGCUUUUUUUGGCAACUAGAAUACCAGCUGUUAUGUCGUCACUGAAUCAAAACAUUGUUCCAUUAAUCACCUCA